AUAUAAUUUUCGCUCGCCCAUGUUAGUAAAAAUCAUGCAAAAAAAAUCACCGCAGCUCUGAAAUUUCAUAAUAAAUCCAUCAGACGCCAAGAAAACCCAAAACCCAUUGAACAGAAUCGCAGUCUCAACAACAACAACGUUUUCAAAACAUGGCUUCACAUGGUGGUGGUGCAGGUGGAGGUGGUGUUGGCAGAGAGACAGUUGCUGCCGCAGGUGCCACUGGGCCUGGUGAACGUCGAGAGGGCGGACCGGGAGCACGGAAUGGAGAACCAAAAGAUAAGAAACGAAAAGAGUCCAUUCUCGACCUCAGCAAAUAUCUUGAUAAAGCAAUUAGGGUGAAGUUUUCUGGUGGACGUGAAGCUUCAGGAAUUUUGAAGGGAUUCGACCAGCUACUAAAUCUUGUGCUUGAUAAUACCAUAGAGUACCUUAGAGAUCCUGAUGACCCUUACAAACUAACAGAAGACACAAAGGAAAGAGGAUUGGUGGUCUGUCGAGGAACAGCUGUCGUACUUAUCUGUCCUAUGGAUGGCUGCGAGGCAAUCGCAAAUCCUUUUGUGCAACAAGAAAAUUAAGCGUGCAUGUCUGUGUUUUAAAAGGAAUAUUUGAUUUAUUUGGGUGAAACAGAAUGUGAUAAAUGGAAGUUUCUUUGCAUCAUGUGAAAUUCCUAAUUACUUGUAGGUUUCUGUAAUGAUGAUAGAUAUUGGUUUUUGUUUUUAUGGGAAUUGUCUUAGUUUGUCUUAUCACAUUUAUUGUUUAAUGACUGUUUAUUAAGUAUUGAAUAAUUUAUUCAAACUAAUGUAAAAGUGGAUGUUGAAUUAAGGUAUUUAAUUUCUACAUGUUUCAUUAUAGGAACUUUUUUUUUUUUUUUUUUUUACAUAAUAGUUAUUUUAUUAGAAACCAUUUGACAAUAGGUUUUGUUUGAUUUACUGAUACCUUUUCAUGCAUAUUUAACCAGACCAUUUGGAUGCAUUUCAUAUUUCUUGAAAUAUAUUGAAAAGUACCUUUAUAUUUCAUGAACGGGAUUUUAUUAUGAGUUUCAGGCAAUUGACCAAUAUUUAUGACUCCUUUCUGUUCUUCAUAACACAAGUUCAGUGAAUAUUAAUGCGAGUUGUUUACAUUUAUUUUUUGAUUUUCAGUUUUACAUUUUCAUGUUCUUGAAAUUUAAUUCUUUUACACGUUUGUGCAUCUUUGUAUCAUCUUGUAUUUCAUAUGAACAAAAUAUAUGAAUUUCGAAUGGUACGGUAUGUAGUUUUAUUAAUACUUACUGAUGUCUUGAUAUAUACAUUUUAGAUGUUUGUAUUUUUCUGGAAGUUGUAGCAGUUUGAGGUAAACAAUUUGUUCAUAUUAGUUUUACUUUUUAAUUACAUUUUCUUGUUUUGCAACUUUUUUGGAGGAUUGUGAAGUAAAUAAGUUAAAAUUCUGUGACCUUUCUGCAGAAAUUGGUGUCUGUCACAUUUGUUUUGUUAACAUACCUUUUCCAUUUGUAGUAUUUAGAAUAUUUAUAAAUAAUUUUCUUGACUAGUAAUAUUAUUAAUGAUUACUAAGAACAAAACAAAACCCAUAUUCAAAACUGGACUAGGAAGAAUAUAAAAAUUUCUCAUUUGCUGUCCAAUUUCCUUAUAGAACAACAACAAAUAGCAAUACUGUACAUGGCUUUAUAUUCACAAGUGAUUGAUAAUAAAAUAUAGAAAAUGGUACAAUUGUAGUUCAGGAUAUUUCACCAAUAAAACCCAGAAAGCAUU